UGUACGGCCCACCAAUGACAACCUAGCUAUGAUAAUCCACUGUAUCACGUGAUCCAUCCUCGCCCGAUCCAUCCCGGCUCUCUCUCACGAACCUCGAGAAUCUCUCCCACGCCAACCUCUCCAGCAAUUGCCCACCCACCACCCACCACACCAUCCGCCCACCCAUCCCAACCCCUCACAAUGGGCUUCACCGACCUGCUCAGCGACAUGUGGGACGCGCUGUCGACGCACCCGGACGCGGACGCCGAGGCGCCCACUUCAGGCGGCGCCUCGACGAACUCGCCGGUCUCGGGCACGGACGAGGAGAGUGCGGACGAGAAGGAAGUCAACAAGUCUGAUGCGACGGACGGCGGGGACGGCGAGCAGGGACACAAGCCGAGUGGGGACGAUGAGCCCGAGGAGGAAGAGGAGGAGGAAACGGUGGAUCCGAAGGAGAAGCUUGAGGAGGAGUGCACUGAGAGCAAGCAAUGCUCGGCUCCCAAGCACCACUACGACGAGUGCGUCGAGCGCGUCACGGGCCAGAUCGAGAACGACGGCAAGGCGAAGGAGGACUGCGUUGAAGAAUUCUUCCACCUCGCCCACUGCGCCUCCGCCUGCGCCGCCCCCAAGCUCUGGGCACAGCUCAAGUAAAGCCCUUCUUUCCACCGUCCGCCUCCCAUCUUGGCUCCUUUUACCAUUGGAACACUAAGUUGCGAGCUGAGAAAACGCUGCAUGGCUUUCCGGCGCUGUAGACGAGGUCGGACGAACGGAGGAUAAAAAAACUCAAACACGAUUGUACAUACCAAAGACCUUGUGUGUUCUCUCCCCUGCCGCGUCUGUACUAUCUGGUUAGCUGCUCUUUUUGCUGCGCUGUGCAUGAUGUGGGGUGAAAUAGCGCGUUGUAGUGUAUCUGUU